ACCGCCAGACAAGAACCUAGUACUUAAUUUUCAAGUUUUUUCUUUGAGGAAGCAAAAGAGCAUAACAAAAAGCUAUGGAGAACGGAGAAAUUCCUGAAAACGCUAAUGAAGAUUGCCCAGGAACUCAAUCAGAAGCAGCCGGUAAAUCAGAUGCUUGCCAAGGCUGCCCUAAUCAAGAAAUUUGCGCCUCUGCCCCUAAAGGCCCCGACCCCGACUUGGUAGCAAUUGCAGAAAGAAUGGCUACAGUGAAGCAUAAGAUCCUGGUUUUAUCAGGGAAAGGCGGAGUUGGCAAAAGCACAUUUUCUGCCCAACUCGCGUUUGCACUAGCAGCUAUGGAUUUCCAAGUUGGUCUCUUGGACAUUGAUAUCUGUGGACCAAGCAUUCCUAAGAUGCUUGGCCUUGAAGGUCAAGACAUUCAUCAGAGUAACCUUGGUUGGUCUCCAGUGUACGUCGAGUCAAACCUUGGGGUCAUGUCCAUUGGAUUUAUGCUCCCCAAUCCCGAUGAUGCUGUUAUAUGGAGGGGACCUCGCAAGAAUGGGAUAAUCAAGCAAUUUCUAAAGGAUGUGUACUGGGGAGAGCUUGAUUUUCUAGUGGUCGAUGCCCCACCUGGGACGUCAGAUGAGCAUAUCUCAAUCGUUCAAUUCCUUCAGACUACAGGAAUUGACGGUGCAAUUAUUGUCACUACACCACAACAAGUCUCUCUUAUUGAUGUGCGCAAGGAAGUUAGUUUCUGUAAGAAAGUUGGAGUAAAUGUUCUCGGGGUUGUUGAGAACAUGAGUGGCUUUCGUCAACCACUGACAGAUUUUAAGUUUAUGAAGUUGACUGAAAGUGGCGAACAAGAAGAUGUAACAGAGAAAGUUUUGGAAUAUAUGAUAGAUAAAGCUCCAGAGAUGGCUGGGUUAAUAGCUUGUAGCGAAAUAUUUGAUAGCAGUGGCGGUGGUGCAACACAAAUGUGCAGAGACAUGGGUGUGCCUUUUCUCGGAAAGGUGCCACUUGAUCCACAACUCUGCAAGGCAGCUGAAGAAGGGAGGUCCUGUUUUGGUGAUCAGAAGUGUGGAGUAAGUGCUCCUGCACUUAAAACUAUUAUAGAAAAGUUACUCGCGGAAAACAAGUGGACUUUAGCAGAUCAGUAAAAACAUUAAAACAUUAUCAGUGCCUCUUUUGGAUCUUCAGAUUUGCUAUUCUUAGUUCUCAGAAUCAGUUAGUGCCUUUUUGGUAUCUGUCUCUUUUAUUCGGGUUUUGUUUGGCAACUUUUUGUGUUUUGUUAUUGAACUUGGUUGCAUAACUCACGCUGAAACAUGGUUGUGCAUUACAUAAGCAAAACCCAGAUCAUUUGACUGAUUGAUCAUUGCCACAAUCAUCAAUUCAGAAAAAUGAAGUGAAUCAUUCAACUA